GAAACACGUGAUUAACACGGAAACAUCGGGCUCACGUGUGCCAACCUCCAAACAUUACAGCUGCAUAGAAACCACAAAAUACUGCGGCAUCGUGUGGUUCUGUGGGGAGUUUGAGCAACAUGGAGGAUGAGAACGUUAUCAAACUGCCGCUAACGAAGAAGAGCGCAGCUGCCGCCAAGAGACCUCCACUGACGAAAGCAGACCCGGAGAAGGAGGCUCGGAAACGGCAGAAGAACGCAGAGAGUGUGGCGGUGCUGGGAGAGACGGACAGCUCUGUGAAGCUGCUGGAGCAUCUGGUGUUUGGAGCGGAAGAUGAGCUGGUGGAGAGACUGGUGGCGGACGAGGAGUCUGGAAACCUGUUGCUCGAGGACAGAGAUGAAGAGUCGGACAAUGAGGAGGCUGUGCGCCACCAGUUGCAGCCCAGCAAAACAGCCGCCUGGGUUGAUGAAGACGAUGAGCUGGAGGAAGAGGUGGACAUGAGGCAUCGCUUCCGCAGAGACCUGAUGCGAGGAGACACAGAGUCCACCAUGUCCAAACAGAAGCUACAGCAGAGGAUGAAGGAGCAGUUUCAGAAGUCAAUGGGAGGAACUCCAUCAUGGGCAGAGAGCAGCUCCAAGAAAAAGAAGACAACAGGUAGCGACAAGCAAAGAAUUUACUGGUGCUUCUAUUUCUGCAGUAGUCCUGCCUGUUGCAUACCUGAACAUCUGUUUGACCCUGCAGGUGAUGAUGAUGAUGAAGAGGAAGACGAUUUGCUAAGGAGGACGGGAAACUUCGUGGGAUCUCCAGACCGUUUGCCUGGAGGCAUCCUGGCGAUGAAAAGGUGCUGUGACGCGAACAAGGCUCGUCCAUCAGAGGACAGACUGUCCAGCGUCCAGUUCCACCCCUCAGCUCAGGUCGUCAUGACGGCCGGCCUCGAUCACUCCAUCUCCCUGUUUCAGGUGGAUGGACUGACAAACCCAAAGAUCCAGAGCAUCCACCUGGAGCAGUUCCCCAUCCACAAAGCUCAGUUCAGCCUGGACGGAGAGACGGUGAUCGCCACCGGCAUGAAAAACAAGAUGUUCUACCUGUACGACAUGAUGGAGGGACGGAUCACACCUGUAAACAGCAUCAGAGGUCUGAAUGAAACCAGAGUGAAGGAGUUCCAGGUGUGUCCUGAGGGGGGCACUCUGCUACUCACAGGAACCAACGGAUACCUGCACCUGCUCACACUCAAGACGAAGGAGGUGGUUCACAGUGUGAAGAUGAAUGGCAGCGUCAGCGGCGCCGCCUUCUCCAGCGACGGCAGCAAACUCUUCGCUAACUCAGAUGAGGGUGAAGUGUAUGUGUGGGACAUGCGCAGCAGUCGGUGUAUGAACCGGUUCGCAGACGACGGGUGUGUGAAGGGAACGUCCAUCGCCGCCUCACGCGACAGUCGGUUAUUGGCCUGCGGGUCCCAUUCGGGCGUGGUCAACGUCUACUCUCUGGAGUCGUGUCUACAUUCACCCAAUCCAAAGCCUCUGAAGUCGUUGAUGAACCUGCUGACGGUAGUGAGCUCACUGACCUUUAACCCCACGUCAGACAUCCUUGCCAUCGCGUCCCGUGCUGAGGACGAGGCUGUUCGCCUGAUCCACCUGCCAAGUCUCACCGCCUUCUCCAACUUUGGCGUCACCGCGAGGAAGGUCAUUUACCGAGCAAGCUGCCUCGACUUCUCCCCGCACAGCGGCUUCUUCUCGCUGGCUAAUAACCGAGGACGCGCCCUCCUCUACAGGCUGCUGCACUACAAAGACUUCUGAAUCGGAGCCUGACGCUGCCGCCGCCUCCAUCCACUGGCUGCACAUGUUGUGUCCUGGUGAUGUGAUAAUAAUGAUGGAAAUGCUGAGAUGGCGAAUCAAGCCAGCGUCUGUUAACUCAUGUUUUUACUGUUUGUAUAAAAGACCUAAAAAAAAACAGAACUGAAUG